CCCGCCUUGACUCCGUCGUCUUCAACGAUGUCGGUUACUCCGACUGGCCAUUGAUUACCUCGUGGUGGUCAGUCACGCUAGCACGCACGCCCCUUGCCUCUUGAACCGCCGACUCCUGAUCUCGCAGGUCGGAGUCUUAAACCCCAGGCAGGGCAGCCGCGAGAGGAAUUGCUUGCAAGUCGACCGGCAGGCGAGCGCCCAAUCCAAUCUGCAAUCGAAUCGAAUUGCCAGUCGGCCAGCCAGCCCGCCUCCCCCCGUCCCCUCGCUACCACCCACGACCUGGCCCCUUGGAACCUGCUCCUCAUCGUCACCUUGGUCCCCUGCCAACGUUGCCAACGUUGCCCGCCAUGAGCGGUCAUCGCCCUGGCACAUCGCGAAAUCGACCUGCGACGAGUAGCAAUCGACAACGACCGCCCACUGCCUCCCAGCGAGGUCAGACGAGGGGCACGACAGCGGGCGAGAGCGCAGAUGCUAGAUAUGACGAGGAGGAAGACUUGCAGGAGCAGUGGGAUGAAGAGAGUGAUGAAGAAGACGUCUUUGCCUACCUGCCUCCCUCCAUCGGCCCUGCGCCUACCGUAGUCGUCUCGGAGGACCCUCAGCCUUUUGGCAACAAUGCCGAUGCUACUCAGCCUGGUCCAGGCGGCUCACAGUCCGGCGACUACUACCUCGAUGAAGCAACGGGCACAGUCUACGAUGGACAGGGUCGACCAGUCGAUCCAGCUACGCUCCAACAGCGACCCACCAGCGUAGGCACAAUGGAAGUCGUCCAUUCUGCACCCAACACGGCCAACAAUCAGCCCAACAAUACCACAGCUCCCCAUGCUGCCAUGACAUCUCGUGCAGACCCACGCCUCUCGUACGAUCGCAAGUCGUCGGAUACAUCGAGCUACUCAGCGCCCUUGGCACACGCAUCCAGCUACUCUGCCUACUCGCCUCACGAUCCAAACGUGCGAAUGCGCAACAACCGCCUCAGUAUGGGAGCAGAUGGUCCACUAAGCCCAGACAGCGAGCUCAAGUUCAACCUCGAUGCAGACCCACUGACUCAGCAUAAGCUCAUGCGAUACUCGUCGGACCUCGACUCUCACAGCAUGGGAAUGGGAAUGGGACUCGCUCAUGGCAUAGACUACGAGACGGCAGAGGUGGGCCCACGAGGCAUCAAGAUGGUAGAAUUGGAGAUGGAGGGCGACGAGGAUUCGCCCUACCCCGAGGUGCGCGCAUCAGUGUCCAAUGUAGACGAUACCGACAUGCCAGCCAAUACGGUGCGAAUGUGGAUCAUCGCUUUGCUACUCACCACUCUCGGUGGAGGUAUCAACCAGAUCCUCGUCCUCCGCUACCCAGCGCCAACCCUCACACCGCUCAUCGUUCAAGUCGUUUCCUAUCCUCUGGGUAAGCUCUUCGCAGCUAUCCUCCCCUACCGCUCCUUUGAUAUGCCCCGCUGGCUCGGCGGUGGCUCUUGGUCCCUCAAUCCGGGCAUGUUCAACAUCAAGGAGCACACGGCCAUCGUCAUCAUGGCCAACGUAGGAUUGGUACAGAUGUACGCCCUAAAUGCCGUCGUCGCCCUCGACUCGCCCUACUACUACGGCGCUGCCAAGCCCAUCGGCUUCUCACUUCUCCUCACCAUCUCAUCGCAGCUCUUCGCCGUCGCCGUCGCUGGACUGACGCGCAAAUUCCUCGUGCGUCCUGGAUCCAUGAUCUGGCCUCAAGUUCUCGUCUUCUGUACCGUCUUCAACACGCUUCACGCAGAGGACGAUGCGCAGGACGGCUCCGUCAGCCGCUUCAAGUACUUUGUUGGGCUGAGCCUCGCUGCCUUUGUCUGGUGGUUCUUACCUGGAUGGCUUUUCACGGCUUUGUCGUCCUUUGGUUUCCUCUGCUGGAUCUGGCCCAACUCUUACACCGUCAACACCCUCUUCGGUACGACGUCGGGUCUCGGAAUGACUUUCCUCACCUUUGACUGGCAGCUCAUCAGCUAUCAGACCAGCCCGCUCGUCACGCCGUGGUGGGCGCAGUGCAACUUGUUCAUUGGCUUUGUCUUGUUCCUCUGGAUCGUUGCGCCGAUCCUUUAUUGGACAAACGUGUACAACUUCUCAUACCUACCCUUCAACUCGAGCAGAGCCUUUGACCGCUUUGGUGAGCCAUACAAUGUCAAGAGCGUCUUCGAUCCGGUGACGGGAGGCAUCGACAUGACUGCCUACGAGUCGUACUCGCGCCUCUACCUGGGAACCACGUACUACAUCGUCUUUUGGACGGGCAUGGCCACGAUGACGUCGGUCCUCGUGCACACGACCCUCUAUCAUGGUAGCGCCAUUCUUCGCGGCCUGCGAGGCGUGCAGACGGAAGAGGACGACAUUCACGCCAAGAUGAUGCGGCGCUAUAAUGAAGCCCCCUACUGGUGGUACGGCAUCGUAGGCGUCCUGUCCAUCGUCCUCGCCAUCAUCUGCGCCGAAGUCUACGACACAGGUCUCCCGGUCUGGGCCCUCCUCAUUGCCCUCAUCAUUCCGAUCGUCUAUUACCUGCCCUCUGGCUUCAUCUACGCCUUGACCGGCACGCAGAUCGGUGUCAAUCUAGUCUCCGAGCUCGUAGCAGGCUACGCACUACCAAGCAAGUCUCUGCCCAACAUGAUGGUCAAGCUCUACUCGCAAGUCGGCCUCACGCAGGGCUUCUUGUGCUCACAGAAUCUCAAGCUCGGCCAUUACAUGAAGGUCAGCCCGCGGCUGACCUUUUGGGUCAUGCUCAUCGGUACGGUUUGGGCUUCGGUGGUGCAAGUCUUUGUCAACCUCUUCAUGCGCACCCACGUUAACGAGAUAUGCUCGGCUGAAAAUGCCCAUCAAUUCACCUGCCCUCAAGCAAGCGUCUACUACACGUCUUCAAUCAUCUGGGGCGUCAUUGGUCCUCGUCGCAUGUUCAACAGCGGCUACUACAGCAGCAUCUACUGGGCCCUUCUCGUAGGCGCCUUGGUUCCCAUCCCCAUCUUCUUUGCCAGCCGCCGCUGGCCCAACAGCGUCCUCAAGGUCGUCAACGUCCCGCUCUUUUUCACCUCUACGAGCCUGAUUCCACCGGCAGCGGGCAUCGUCGUGUCCUCGUGGUUUGCCGUCGGCUUCGUCUUCCAAUACGUGAUCCGCAAGAAGGCCUUCCGCUGGUGGUCAAGGUACAACUUUAUCACCAGCGCGGCCAUGGAUACGGGCACCAUCCUGUCGAGCAUCAUAGUCUUCUUGGCACUGGUGCUGCCGCGCGAUGGCCAGAUUUUCCUGCACUGGUGGGGGAACGACAUCACGGGUAGGACGCUAGAUGCGACUGAGGGGGCGAGGUUGAACAUGCCGCCCGAGAAUGGGUUCGCGCCUGCGCCCAAUGGCUUGUGAGC